UAAUGACUGCUGAGGAGACGGCGGCGCAUCUAUGUGGUCCGCCUGACACUUGAUCGAGAGGAGAGAUGCCGCUGUGAAGACGGGAAGGGAAGGGCACAGGGAACACAUGAAGCUCUCUGCACACUAACCUCCUUUUGGACUCCGCCGUGUGUGUAUUUUUUUAAAAUUUGGUUUCCCCUUCAUGCAGAAGAAGCCGUGUGUUUUUUGCUGUGUAAGAACUGAUUUCUCAUCAGCUGCGUAAAAAAAAAAAAAAAAUCAGAAGAGCUCACAUUGUUGACUGGCUUUAUGUUGCGCGCUGGGGCUCGCUCGUCAUUGGAGCAGCGCACUUGAUGGGAAUAUAGACAACAGCUUCGAGGGGCUAUCAUGGUUGAAUCGGGUAGGAAUGGACUGGGCUGUGGACUCUGGGAGCUAGUGACGACAAUCAAUGAGGACAUCCGUCUUUAAAGCAAGAGCAGAUUUUUUCAUGGAUACCUAUGAAUGUGCUCAGCAUAAGUCCUUUGAGGUAUAAUAUCAGACCAUCCUUUUUUCUUUUUUCCCCCUCCCACCUUCUUGGAUCUGCCUGACUGCAGCCUUCGCCCCGAACCUUGACACCCACAGGCAACAUUGAGUGAUUGGUCAUUACACCCAAGGGCGUCUACACACAGCAAGACAGGAAAAAAACCCUAGGGAGCCCCGCUGCAGUUUGUGGUGGUGGCGGUGGCAGGGGCGGUGAGUCAAUCGCCUCAGCAGCUGCAGCAAAUGAUUCAUUAUUUGUAAAGUUAACAGCUCAGACCACUUAAUCUACAAGGACCAAUUUCUUACUGGAGGGAAUCGGUCCAAUAUGAAGGACGUGUCAUUCGUGGAUCGUCUUUUUGUCGGCUUGGCCAUGGCCUCUUUUGUUGUGGCCACAGAGGAGAGGCCUGAUUGCCCGAAGCUCUGUGUAUGUGAGAUUAGACCCUGGUUUUCUCCAAGUUCGGUGUAUAUGGAGGCGCAGACAGUUGACUGUAAUGACUUGGGACUCUUUAGCCUGCCGGAACAAUUACCGGCCGGCACACAAGUACUAUUACUACAAACAAACAAUGUUGCCAAGAUUGACAAACCCUUGGAUUACCUGGCCAACAUCACAGAGAUUGAUUUAUCGCAAAACAACUUAUCCUCCAUCAGUGACGUCCACCUGGGGAAUCUUCCCCAGCUGCUGUCCCUUCACAUGGAGGAAAAUUGGAUACGAGAGUUGCCGGAGCGAAGUCUUGCUGAGGUGGCUAACCUUCAGGAGCUCUACAUGAAUCACAACCUCAUCUCCUCCAUUUCCCCGAUGGCUUUCCAGGGGCUCAGCAACCUUGUGCGGCUUCACCUCAAUUCUAACAAGCUGAAGGCCAUUAAAAGAGAGUGGUUUGACCCCAUGCCAAAUCUGGAGAUCCUGAUGAUUGGUGAGAAUCCUAUUCUUUCUGUAGAUGAUAUGAACUUCAAGCCCCUCAGUAACCUCCGCAGUCUUGUUCUCACCAGAAUGAAUCUGUCCCAGCUUCCUGACGAUGCCCUGGCCGGUCUUGAUAACUUAGAGAGCAUCUCGUUCUAUGAUAAUAUUUUCCCUGAGGUGCCUCAUUCUGCACUGAGAAAUGUAAAAAAUCUUAAGUUCUUGGAUCUAAACAAAAACCCAAUUGCAAGGAUACAGAGAGGAGACUUUGUGGAUAUGCUCCAUCUGAAAGAACUGGGGAUUAAUAGCAUGCCAGAGCUAGUUUCCAUCGACAGCUUUGCCCUAAAUAACCUCCCAGAGCUGACCAAAAUAGAAGCCACCAACAAUCCUAAACUCUCCUAUAUCCAUCCUAAUGCUUUCUACAAACUACCACGGCUGGAAACCCUAAUGCUAAACGGCAAUGCGCUCAGUGCCCUCCACAGGAUUACUGUCGAGUCACUCCCAAAUCUCAGAGAGGUUAGCAUGCACAGCAACCCCAUCCGCUGUGACUGUGUAGUCCGCUGGAUGAACAUGAACAAGACCAACCUUCGCUUCAUGGAGCCUGAUUCGCUGUACUGUGUGGAGCCCCCGGAGUACGAGGGCCAGCAUGUCCGACAGGUGCACUUCAGGGAGAUGAUGGAGAUUUGUCUGCCACUCAUCUCUCCCGAAAGCAUGCCUGGGCAUAUUAAAGCACAGAACGGGAGCUCCGUGUCACUCCACUGUCGGGCCUUCGCUGAACCAGAGCCGGACAUCUACUGGAUCACCCCGUCUGGCACCAGGGUCCUGCCUAACACCGUGUCUGACAAGUUCUACAUGCACCCAGAGGGAACUUUUGACAUCUAUGAUAUAACAGAAAACGAAGCUGGUCUUUACACCUGCGUGGCCCAUAACCUGGUUGGAGCUGAUCUUAAAUCUGUCUCAGUGGAGGUGAAUGGAUAUUUCCCCCAACCUGCAAAUGGUUCCCUGGAUGUCAAAAUCAAAUCAGUGGAGACAAACUCCAUCCUGGUUUCAUGGCAGGCCGGCCACGGCACCCUAGCUCCCAACAUUAAAUGGUACACAGGGUCAGAUGCUAACCAUCCCACCACAGCGUUUACCACCAGGGUUCCAUCUGACAUCCAGGUCUACAACCUCACCCAUCUCUCCCCCGCCACUUUGUACAAAGUAUGUGUGGAGGCCGGCAGCAUCCACUACAACCACGACACCAAAUGUGUCAAUGUCACCACUAAGGGAUUAGAGCUGGCAGCCAAGGACACAGAAAAAUGGGACGCAGCGGUAAUCACCGUCUUUGGUGUGCUCUUGGCUGUGAUUUCAGUGGCAUGCCUGCUUAUUUAUGUGUCUCUGAGGAACCACCACCUUUAUGGGGAUAUAAGGAAAUGCGACUCCAAAGCUCCGCUGACACCAGUGGAAGCUACCGGUAUGCAAUCUCCUUUCUUUACAAAGCUGUGGGUUUCGGGUAAGGGACUGCCAAGUGGAGUGAAAGUGAAAGCCACAGUCAUAAAUGUAUCUGACAAUGCCUUUUAAGAAGCGCAGCUUUGUAGAGCACCACACACCAACUACACUGAAUGGACAAGGCCAUGUGCAGGGCUGGACAAAUAUGUAGUACUGUUUCAAAGGCCUACCCAUUGCUGGUCCCCUGCUCAGAUACACUGGCAAAACUAUUAUUGGACUGGGAUGGAACAGUUUAAAGAUAGACUACAUGCACUCCCAGUUUCAACCCCAGCUGAAGUGGUGGCUUUGUAACCGUUACAUCAAACCAAGCUAACAUCAACAGAAAGGGGCAUUUACUGCAAAACCAUAUAUUUCAGAACCAUUCAUACAGAGAUGCAGGCAGAGAAAAGAAGGUGAAGACGAUGGUGAUGAUGAUGAUGAUGGUCAACUCUCUUGUAAUUGACUGUUAAAUGUGUUCAGAGUUGUGGAACUGUCCGUGUGGUCCCAAGCAAUACCGUCUGUGCUUUGUCAAACAUCCAUAGACGAGUUAGAGAUACAGUAAUAACACCUGUCUAUUAUGGGAAGGGAGAUUUAGUAGAGUAGACAAAUUACAGUGACUAUGGUGUAAGCCUUUUGAUGAAAUAUAAACCCCCCCUUUUCUAUUUAAAAUGGAUUCUUGAUUUUUCAUGGAAAUAUUGUUAUAUAUUCUAUUAUGUUGAUGUAAUGACAAAUCCUCUGUAUCUGAACAGUUUAAAUGGGUUUUAAAGUAAGGCAAGGAGCAGACUACUUUGAUUACAACGUCACAUUAAGCUUAAUGAAAUUCAGCUACAAAGUGAGUAUCUAGAGAGGACAUUUGCCAAAUGGCUGUUUAUGCUGUGUAGUUCUCAUUGCAACGGUGACUAGGAAAAUAAUGCGUUGGACUUCAAAAAAAGUGUAACAGGUUGAUUAAAACUGAGGUGAUUGAUGUGUUGUCUCCUCACGAAGCGGUCUGUUAUGCCCUGGUAAGUGCCUACAACAAGAACUACAUGAGGUAAACAGAGAAGAAACGGAAGAAACAGCAAAACAUGGCCAUGUCAUCAUUGCAGAAUCACAAGCUAUUCUCCGGUACUUUUAGUGGAAAUACUUUCUCAGUAUUUUUAGCAUACAUAUUUUAAGAAAACAUUUCGUUGUUGCUUUGGGUGUAAAGUUAAAAAGCCAUUUUUAUAUUAACUGUACUAUAUGUGAUCAAUGGGCACAACAGACUAAUUAAGAAAAGUGCUAAGAAAAAAAUAAAUGUCAUUGUUUCUUUUACAAACAAUUGCCUACUUUUCUCCUUUGCUUUCUUCUCAUAUUUGUCAUAAUGCGCCUUGGUUAUUUCAAACCCAACUGCAUGGUAUUAUAAUUACACUACUUUCAUUUUCAUGAAACCAUGGGUUAAUUUGAACUGUGCAAUUACUUAUAUUUGACUUUUCAACUGCAAGCAUGUAAAACAAACUAUUGAUAAUGAGGAUGUAGUGCAGAGGGAGUCUUUUGAGAAAG